AUGGCGACUCACAGUAAGUCUCAGACUCCUUCUACGGCUCUGGCUACUCAGGUGUUUCACACGAAAAGGAAGGUUGAUAGCACUAUUGAGAGGCAUAAAGCCAGAUGGGUUAUCAGACAGCUAGAUGUUCAUAAUGCUUUUUUAAAUGGAAAUUUGGAUGAAACUGUUUAUAUGAAGCAACCCCCUGGUUAUAUUGAUGCUAGUUUUCCACACCAUGCUCUAGUUACUCACUUACUCUCAAAAUUGUCUGCCACUUUCAAGAUUAGAGAUCUUGGUGAACCAAAUUUUUUCCUUGGCAUUGAAACAAUUAAAUGUGAUGAUGGAAUUCUAUUGUCUCAACAACGAUAUAUGAAUGAUAUUUUGAAACGUGCUGGCAUGGCGGAAUGCAAACCUCUCUCUACUCCUAUAUCUGUUUCAAAAAUUGUUCCCUUUAGUGCAGACUUAUAUGAUGAUCCUACGCAGUACAUGAGCCUGGCUGGAGCACUACAAUAUCUCACUGUUACACGACCUGAUUUAUCAUUUGCGGUUAAUCAGCUUUGCCAGCACAUGCAUGCUCCUACCACAUCACAUUGGAAGCAGCUGAAACCUGUCUUGAGGUAUGUUAAGGGAACAAUUGGGUUUGGGUUGCGUAUACGGAAAUCAAUGUUAAAGGAAAUUCAUGCUUUUUAUGAUUCUGAUUGGGCUGGUUAUCCUGAAGAUCGUAAGUCUACUAGUGGUUUUGCUAUUUUUUCUGGGGACUAA